CUUUCUUUCCUUUCUCCACCAUGGGUCUAUCUCGCGCAGCACGCAUCAAAACACUUCUAUUCAUCGAUACUGUCUUCUUCUUCGUUGAGCUUGUAACUGGCUAUGCCAUAGGCUCACUUGCUCUGGUCGCCGAUAGCUUUCAUAUGCUAAACGAUGUGAUGAGUCUUGUUGUUGCAUUGUAUGCGAUCAAGUUGACUACAGAGAAUGCUGUCGACUCUCGGUAUACAUAUGGCUGGCAUCGUGCUGAAAUUCUUGCUGCACUUGUCAAUGGCGUAUUUUUGCUUGCGCUAUGCUUCAGUAUUUUUCUUGAAGCAAUAGAGCGAUUCUUCAGUGUACCGGAAAUCUCUAAUCCUCGCCUUGUGAUUAUUGUCGGUUCUCUUGGAUUGGCCUCUAACGUCGUUGGACUGUUCCUUUUCCAUGAACAUUCACACUCACAUUCGCAUUCGCAUUCCCGUUCUCCCUCUCCUCCACCUGAAGCUAUAGAAUCUACAACCACUCCUCCCCCCAAGUCCCCUGUAAAGCCAAUCGACAUUCGCCAUUCCCGAUCACGUUCAUCUUCAUCAAAUGUCGCAUUUUCUCCUCUUUAUGGUCACCCCGCGGCUACGCGUGCCUCACUCGUCCAAGCAGCUGAAGAAAUGGCAGCUGAAUCAGAAACUCCAGCCGCAACACCUCCCAGUGCCGAUGAGAACAUGCCUCUCUUGAAUUCUAUUCCUGAGUCCAAUGGACCCGACUAUUCUCGGUCGUAUUCUCACUCUCAUGAAGGCCACGGUCAUUCUCAUUCGGGCUCCAUGAACAUGCGAGGAAUUCUUCUCCAUGUAUUGGGCGACGCUUUGGGUAAUGUCGGAGUCAUCGCGACAGGUUUAAUCAUGAUGUUCUCUUCCUGGGAGUUUAAGUUCUACUUCGACCCCGCAAUUAGUCUGGUCAUAACCGUUAUCAUAUCUUCCUCAGCUCUACCUUUAGUACGCAGCGCUUCGUUCAUUCUUUUACAAGCUGUUCCUCCCCACGUCUCUUUGGACGAUGUUCACAAAGAUAUCUUAUCUGUUAACGGAGUACUCUCCGUACAUGAGCUUCAUAUCUGGCAAUUGUCCGAAACCAAGACUGUUGCCUCGGUUCAUGUUCGAGUCGCUCAAAGUUGCGAUUUCAUGCCCGUAGCGCAGCAGAUUCGCAGGCUUCUUCAUAACCAAGGUGUACAUUCAAGUACUAUUCAGCCUGAAUAUGCGGGUAAUGGGGAAGCACCUAAGAACACGCAGUCGAAUUGUCUCAUCGAAUGCCCGCGAGACCACCAAUGUGAUCCACAGGAAAAUGCUUGUUGUCCACCCCCACCUCCACAAGUGUGAAAGGGCUCUUAGGACGCGGACUUGUCCGCUUUUUUGCUGGCUCCUAUCUGUCUCCUCUAUGCCCAAGAUUCGAAACAAUCACAAUCCGGAACUUCCUACGUAGUGGAUAUACCUUACGCAUCUCUUUGUUGUAUUUAAUGCGAUCGUUGCUCUGGGCUACCUUGUAUCCUAUAGGUUCACGAACAAACUAUAUAUCCUUAGUAGAUUGAUUAGUAUUUGGUAGAAAGUAAAUGCAAUCGUGUCCGUCAAAUGAUUACUUACAGAUCGAAGAGAAGUCAAGUGUUCUCAGGGAUCAGAAAGAGCGAACAGCCAGUAGGCUAGAACGACCAUGUACAUAAUACUAUGACUCUCAAUCUCGCGUAGACUCGGUCGUUUGGACGCUCAGUAA